CGGGUAACCCAGCGACGUGCAUGCACCCUACAUAUCUAUCCAUCCAUCUAUCUAGCCUUGAUGCCUGCCUUGCCUGCAACCACGGGAUCCAGCCCCGCCCACGGUCCCGCUCCUGCUGCUCUCCUUUCCUUUCUUUUCGCGCUCCGUUCCCGUGGUAAUAUACCUUUGUUAGUUUACUCUACUGCAUCGACGAACCGUUCGCUUGGGGCGGCGAGGGGUGACCCGCUUGCUUUGGGCAGGUCGUGCCGACCAGAGGCAUCUGGCUGGCUGUGCAUUUAACUCGACUAAGUCAAGUAGCCGUGCUUGCAGCUAUGGCUAUGGGUAUGCUAUGUUGUUUGCCGCCGUCCCACGUUGCUGCUAGCCAUGUGUGUGUGGUGUGUGUGGUGUGUCAGCCCUGAAAAUCAUCCAGACCUGCGUCUUUCCUUCUGCCCAGACAGACUGACAGUCAGACUGCCAUACGUGCAGGAAAGAAAAUCAAUCUUGGUCACCUGCCUACUUACCGUCUGUCUAUUUCCGAAACCGGAUAUCCAGUCUCAGCAUCAA